ACCGUAGGCCGACAGGCUUCCUGGCGCGGAGCUGCGAGACCACGGGAAUGAAUGACCUGCUGCCUUUUGAGAGGCCGCCGCCGCUGGCGUGGUAGAACGCGGAGUGGCGCUCUGCUCCUUAGCACUACUAGCGGAGCUUAGGUGGAUCGGCGUGGGAAAGGGGGCCUGGUUUCCUCCUGGGAUCUCCUUAAAGGCCCCCCCAAAAAAAAAAACUACUAGUGGAGCCUGUAUCUCGUCGCCCACCACAUUCCGUAGCAGCAGCACACUCCUAAUAGUAGCAGUGGCAGUGGCAGUGGCAGUGGCAGUGGCAGUGGCAGUGGCAGUGGCAGUGGCAGUCCGCGGGGUACCAUCGUGACCACUCAGAUCGCGCAGAGCACGAGCCCGUUCCCCGUGGCUACCACGACUAGUACUGCUGGUUCCAGAAUAGAAUGGCGGCUGCGUCCCCUUCCUGCGCCCGCGCGGCCUCUAGAACGAGGCCGGCGACUUGUCCUCCGGCGCCUCUCUCGUCCCGCCGGUCAUUGUCGCCAGCCUCCCCUGCCGCCGCCGCCGCGGCUUUCCCGUGCCGUGCCGCCGCCUCGCCGCGUCUGCUCGCGCUCCUGCUGAUUCUCUCCCUCGCCGUCGUGCGGACCCACUCACGCGCUCCGGCCAUUAGCGUCGCGGACGUCCGACAUCAUUCCCAAGUCGCGGAUCAUGUCGCUGCGUCCCAGUCACCCGAGACGGAAGUAGUACCGCCUCGCCGCGUCGUCGGGGAAGCCGCCGCAGCGGCGGGAUCGGGAAGUGAUCAGGAUGGCGCGGAGUCGGCGAUUGCGGAGUGGGUGCGGCGCUCUGCUGAGGCAGGCGCGCGCUUCCUCCCCCUGCAGCGCGCGGAAGACGCCCCCAGCAGGGAGGAGGUGCACCGGCGGAUUCUACAAGAAUCACAAGGCAUUGGGGGCGGCUUUAAGAAGGACGGCGAGCGCCGGCAGAUCUCUAGAGACGCCAGCUUUCUGCCAGAGCUUGUAUACGAUGACACGCUUGUGGCGACGGUCAAUGGCAGCGUGCGCAACACGCUGGUCAACUACAGCACAUUCGCCAACGACACCAUUCGCCUCCCCGUGUACCCCUACUACGUGCAGGUGAGGCUGGGGUCGCAGCGGCAGCUGUUCACCAUGGCGCUCAACCUCUUUCUGCCCUUCACCUGGGUGCCCUGCGACUGCGUCAAAUGCGGGACCAUGCGUGUGGGGACGCCCUACAGCCGGCCCUUCAGCACGCUUUCGUCCUACUCCCUCAACUACAUCUCCUGCACCGACCAGCGCUGCAGUGAGGGGGCUAGCGACACCAGUUACGGCUGCAACGCGGACGGAGCUCCCAACUACUUCAACCUCACGGACUGGCUGCCGGGGGAUGAUGCGCUCUGCGUUUACGGUGUUGGGUUUGGAGAUUUCGAUUACUACGAAGCCGACGUGGACAACAAUGACCCUAUUUUAUCUGUGGGGCAUGUGGUGGAGGAUACUGUGCACCUCACUGCACCCGAUGGCACCGAGGUCAACCGAACCAUCACCUUUGGGUGUGGCAUGAACCAGGGAGGGUACUGGGGCCUGCAGGGCGCGCAGUACGCAUCGUGGACGGCAGGGGGCGUGCUGGGGCUGGGUUACGGCAGCCCCUUUCUCAACCAGCUCACCACCGCCGAAUCUCGCUCCUUCGCCGUGUGCCUGGACGAGCCCUCCCCGGCAAACACCACGGGGGGCACAAGGGGCACGUAUGACGGGCGUAGCCACCUCACGAUCGGCGCAGUUGGCCUGCCUGCCGGUGCCAACUACUCCACCUGGGGGACUGAUGAGGGCAUGCCGUACAGCCACAUUACUCUGGUGACGCCAGGGCGGUCGGUGUGGAUCAGCGACGACUUCUCUGCCGACUACAUGCCUGAGGACACCACCGGCUUGCGCCCGGGCUUCCAAUUCAUGCCUGAAUCCUUCGUGCACCGCCUGCGCUUUCCCAUCUGGAUCAGCUUCAUUGAGGCUAUCACUAACUUAACAGGCCAGUCUGUUAUCAAUGCGCAAACAAAUACCAGUCUUCAGUUCCGGCUUCCCUGCUACAAGUAAUCUUCUCAUCCCCUCCAUUCCUG